UGAACAACAUAUUUGUUGUCAUUUGACGUUGCUUUUGAAGUAGGGCCUUUCCUAUAAGGGUCUUACAAUGACAAGGUCUUAUAAUGCACGCAUGGGCGCAGAUCGCCGAGCUUCCCCCAUGACAUCUCGGACACAAAAGCGUGUGAAGGAAUGUCGCAUUUUCCCGGUGGUUUGCCUCCAACGCGUGCGUGGUGCAUGCGCUGAGGGACUAUCCGUCUAGAGGGUGUGUGGUCUAUAUCAAUAACUGUCGGAUUGUAGCCAACUGUAAACAAUCUAAACACAUUCGGGGCAGCGGAGAGGGAGAACACUGAUAUAUGCUGGGCUGAUUUUAAACUGUGGGGGUGGAAUACGACAUUUGAUGCUCACGCCUCAACUCGGACGCACUGGAGAGCUGCAGGAGGAAUUUACUUGGCAACAUAUUGGUCGUGGAUAGAUAAUCUGAAAUCCGAAAUCCUGGAAUUACUGUUUUGUUUUAACCAAGACAUCGAUGUAGUUAGUGGGUUUUCUCUUAUGAUUUAAAAAAAAUGGUAUUACAAAGAUCCAUUUACUCGGAGAUUAUUUGUUCAAGUGAUAGCCUAUCUAGCUAAAGGACAUGUAAUGAAGGACUUCUUCACAUUUACGAAAUUACCUUUAUAUAUGAGGGAAAAGAGCUGUCUUGCAUUUUUGAGGUUCUCCAAUUUUCAGUAUUGGGGCUACCUUACAUAACUGGGCAUUGUGUGUGUGUGACUGAAAACGGUCUGUUGGAACUGCGCUGCUACUUCACCACAGACACAAAGACGAUUUAGCAGUCAGCAGUGGCCACUGAGCAUGCGCCCUGUGUGUCCGUCUCCCACGGGGUCGCGAUUAACACAGAUUACAAUGAUCAUCCAAUAGGUUCAAGGGACGAGACCUGCCAAGAUCUGGAGGAGUGAUUCUAGAAGAUUCUGUUGGAUUUUCCCCGCUAUGAUCACUGAGGAUCUGGAAUACCACUAGCUCUGAUCAGACAGGAUGAAUGACAGACAGAGACCGGGAGGAGGAGUGCACACAGUGGAGGCAGACGUCAUCUUCCACCAUCCCAUCUGCUCGGACCUCCUCUCCUCCCCCUCGGAUGAGGAUGUCUGUCCCCUCCCACGGAAGCAGGAGGGGAACACCAAUGCUCCAGACCUGGGAUUCAUAUUGGACGACCAGGGAUUCUGUCGACAGAGCACGCCAGUUACAAAGGAGUACUUGUUGGAUGGUGGUACGGUGAUUGGGAAUCAUCACUUUGACCAGCCACAGGGUGGUGGAUCAUACAUCUCAAAUACAGAUCAGCUUCACAUUACUGAUCUCUCUCAUCUAGCAAAUACAUCUCACAUACCCAAGCUUGAUGCUGGUAGAGACCAGAACUGUACUCAUGGCAGUAACGGUAUCCGUGAGGAUAUGAAUGGGGCGAGGGCCAAAGUGCCCUGCAGUGUGGGUCCCUCGCUAUACUUCAAGGGAGAGGCCAGAGAGGAAGCGGAAGGGUCUCUGUCCCUCUACAGAGAGAGCAUAGUGGGGAGUCAGUGUCACAUCACAAAUGUCACCGCCUCCCCGGAGCAGGGGACCUCCGCGCCUGACACGUAUUGUAUCACCGCGGACAACCAGCCAACCAUACAAGAGCUGGAGCGCUUGUUCAGCCACAGCUCUGCCACAGAAUAUGACACAUUGUAUGGACAGUCGGAGCUUGAGUCGAGCCAAGGACACAGGGGCAGUAGUGGCCAUGGUGGGAUCAGUAACACAACGCCUAAAGAGGAGCCGGAUUUAGUGAUUGAAGUCGGUGGCCAGAAAAUCAGUGUUCAUAAGUCUGUUCUGGCAGAGAAGAGUGACUAUUUCAAGGCUCGUCAGUCGAGAGACAUCCUGAAAGUGAAAGGGCUGAAGUACAAGACCCUGACCAUCCUGAUAGACUAUAUCUACACCUCUCAGAUGAAUGUGCACAAGGACAAUGUGGUAGAGGUGAUCACAGGAGCUAAGAUCUUACAGAUCCCAUGUGCCCUCCAGGCUGCUAUGGAUACCAUCUCCGAGCAGGUCACAGCAGAGAACUGCUACGAGAUUCUAACUAUCGCCAAGAAGCAACGACUCAACGAACUGAAGGAGACGGCCUAUCGCUUCAUGAGUGACAAUUUCCUCCAGAUCCUGCGGGACCAAACGGUGUAUGGACAUCUGACUGGGUCGGAGAGGGAUCUGGUCCUGAAGAAGAGAAUGGAGGGGAAAAGGUCCCUGAUGGUCGCUGAGAUCAACGAUGUGUUCGACCGCGUCGGGAGCCGACCUCAGAGUCGCUGUAACAGUCGACCGCAGAGCCCUCUGUCCGCGGCAUCCUUCGAGGAGAACCACAUGAUUUACAACUUCAACGAGGCAGCCAAUGACUGGAGACCUCUGACUCUGAUGCCGGAGGACAUUAACACUAAGGGCUGUGGGAUCUGCACCAUGUACAACUACCUGUUUGUGGCCGGUGGGAUAAAGGGAUAUGGGGAUAAGGGCAAGGUCUCAGACAAGGUGUUCUGUUACAACCCCAUCACUAACCGCUGGAGCGAGGUUCGGCCGCUCAACCAGGCGCGGUCGCAGCUCAAGCUAGUGUCUAUGGAAGGUAACCUGUACGCCAUAGGAGGGGAGUGUUUGUUCACAGUGGAAAAGUAUGAUCCUCGGACUGACAGAUGGACCACAGUGGCUCCCUUACCCAAAGGGGCGUUCGCUGUGGCCCAUGAAGCCACCACCUGUAACGGAGAGCUCUACGUCUCUGGCGGGUCUCUGUUCUACCGUCUCCUAAAAUACGACCCCAAGAGGGACGAGUGGCAGGAGUGCCCCUACAACAACAGCAGGAAGAAGUCAACCGACAUGGUGGCCCUGAAAAGCUUCAUCUACAGGUUUGACGUGAACCGCGACCAGGGGGUCAAUGUGUUCAAGUACAACACUAUAGUGAAAAUGUGGCACGACUGUGUAUCACAGCGACAGGGCACCCCUUUGCCGUUCCGGUGUGCCGUCAUUGGGAAUUGCAUCUAUUGUGUGAACAAGACUCAGAUUCUGCAGUUCGUAGUGGAGGAGGACGGCUCUUACUUUGUAGAGGAACCUCUGAGGCCACCACUGGAAGCUAAGGGCCUACUGUUCCCUUUCAUCCUCAGUCUGCCUGACAAGACUCAUGUGAUAUGACCGUGUACCAACGACGCCACAUUACAGAAGCCCGUCAGUAGAAUAUAGUGGACCUUUUAAAAUAUAAUGAACAUUUUUCAAUGUCAGCUUUAUUCCCUCCCCCCCUGUCCAGUUUACCUGCUCGUAAUGGAAGGUGUUGUCUUUGCAUGGUCAGUGACAGUAUCUACAGGACAAGCCUUAACACGGAUGACUUUUACAUGUUGAAUGAGUGCAACCAGAAAUGCAUCUGACUGUAAAUAAUGAGAUAAUGACAGGCACAGAUGUUUCUUUGUGUGUAUUUCCCUGCGUUCAGUUCCUAUUGUGCAUUUUUGUUUUAGCAGAUAGUUAGAAUAGAUAUUGUUUUUAAUUCUGUUGGCUGGCUGGUCGCUUUUAGACACUAAUCUCACAUCAGAGGUGGAAUUGUCUGAGUGCAGGGGCAGCUAAAGUAUGUUCUGACUGACAUGGCUGGCAAGUCCUAUCUAAACGAAACAAGCAAACACAUAAGCAGCUUCAUCUGGUACAGUACAAGGCCUGCUACUGUGGUGAUGUAUGCUCUGUAACAUGGCUCUAUGAAGAAACGGAGAGGAAAUAACAUUCACAGCACCGAGGCCUGAUAUCAGAACGGCCUUUGACAUGACUUCACAAGGCCAUUGAACAGAAGGAGGAAAUUAGCCACAUACUGUAUGUAUUCUACAUUAAUGCUAUUCUACCAUUAUAGAUAAUCGAGGAAUAAUGUUGAAGAGCACAAUGCACUUAUUAGUGAAUUAGGUAUCAAAACCAGUACCCACCUGUUCAUUCAGAACCAAUAACCAGCCGUGCAAGUUUCGUCAAAGGCAACACUCCACAUACAGUUGAGUUUCAAUACACUACAAGCAUUGUUUUGUGGUGUAUAUGAAUCCAAAAGGGCAAUUGUUGCAGCACCAGAAGUGGUGUUUUUGACUGAUCUUUGGGAUCGUGUUCGGUUACUGGGUUUGAUUGAAACGGGUCUUGGGUGUGCAAAGAUGUUUACAGAAUACAGGACUAAGUCCGUAUAGAUAUGAGGGACAAUUCUUACUGCACACUGUUAGGGGCCUGGUCCUUGACUAUCACGUUUGCCAAAGACAAAAGAAGUCUGGUGUUGUCUCAAAUAGUCUGAUAAUAACACAUUAAACCCUUUCAGACAUUUCAGUAAAUCAAUCUACAGUAAAUAUAUUUGGGUGAUUUAAUAUCCUAAAUCCAAAAGAUGUAUGUGACCUCUACAACACUAAGCAAUAGUAUUAGCAGAAAUGUAUCAAUGUUGCCGUGAUACAAGGGCACCACACUUGCUGCUACAAUAUUCUUUUAACAUUCUUCAGAGAAGUGAGGAGUAAUUUCUCCUAUGCAGGACAGGAGCAUUUGUCCUUGUCCUGCAGAUAAUGAAAACGCUAUUAUGUUGUCAUCUCCCACAAGUAUUUGAUGAGCCAGCCAGAAAGACUGUGACUAGCAUACAUAGUGUGCAUUUUUCGAAUACUGCCUCACAAGUACUGGACUAUUUCAGUAUAAUUUAUGCUAGCCAUGUGGCCUGUGAGUUUUAUUCCAUCCAUUUAUAAUGUAUAAUCAUCUCACCCAGACAGUGUUUAGUAGUAGGAAGCACACUCUUCAUCAACUUUAGCUCAAUGUUCAUCUGUUUUGCUAAGGUUAUGCCAAAUCCUUAUUUCACUUUAAUACAAUACUGGAGCUGGUCAAAUAGCCCUCCAUCUCAUUGCUCUUUCUUAGAAAUUAGACCUAUUUGUUUAGUAUUUGCAAUAACACAUCAAAUGGGAUUUUUGUUCAUCUGUGGGAUUUUAUACAGGGGAAUUUAUUUGGUGAGAAAAAUGCAACUAUCACAUUUUAACAGUAUCUCCGAGAGGCAGUUGUAACUGUUGUGACAGAGUGGAUGUGGUUGGAUUUAUUAGUUUGGUAUUUUACUGGCUGGCGUCAGUGUGUAGUGAAGCUCUUAUGGCCUGUUGGCUUUGGACAUAAUAUUGCAAUGAUGAGUGGCUUGAAAGUACAGUGUUGGUUGAAGGCUUUCUUGCUGUUAAUGGCAUAUAAUAAAGUAACAGCUAAAAAACAAACUGUUUUAAUGAUGUAUUUCAGUCAAAACUAAGUGCUGCAAAUAAAAUAUUUUGUGUCUGAGAAA